GAGAGGAGGGAAGGGACGGGGUGCCCAGCAGGCAUCAUCGGGGCGUUGUGGGUGCCAGAGGGGAAACUGAGGACGCGCAUCUCACGCGGAGCCCCACCCGCCUUUCCCGGAGUAGGAUUCCCCGCCGCUGGUCUCGGGAUGUGUGCCACCUUGUUGUCGGGGUGGGGGUUGGCCACGCCAGGGUGGCGUUUGUAGAUCGGUGGUCCUCUGCCCCCACCUUCCAAGCCACUGGGCUCGAGGUGAUGAUGAGCAAGGUGCUGUGUGGGGCUUUUAAGAAAUGCCCGGGAUGGAAUGGGGGGGGCGAUUAGAAGAACUGUGCCUCUUCUUCCCCUAAGAUGCCCGAGGCGAUGGAUCCUGGGGGGUCAUGGCUCUUUUUACUCUCCAGCCCCCAACCCCGUGGCCACGGAGGCUGAGCGCCUCUGCGUCAUGAUCCGGCACUGCGCGUCAGCACCUGGCAGGAGCGCAGCUCCUCGUGGCCUGGACGUCACUCGGGGGCCUCCAAGCAGGGAUGAUCGGAAGGGGGGGGCUUCCCGGUUCAACUAAUAGGGGGGAGGGAAUCAUUCACAGCAGGCAUAGCUAGGGCAUGUCAUCACCCCAACACUGCCUGCUCCAGUAAUAACGUACCCUACUACUUUUCCACCCCACCUUACCCCUCCAGCGCUGAUCGUCCAGCCAGGAUGCCCCACCAGCUUCCCUCUCUGCAAGGAAGGGACUGGGAAGCAAGGGCACCAGAUGAAAUGAGGAAGGGCAGCGGGGGUUGUCAUCCUUCGUGCUUUUUAGCUGUCCAGAAGCAUCUGUCUAGGCAUCCUUGGAAACAAGAUGCUUGAUCUUUGAUCAGAUGGCUCAAGGCUCUCCUCUGUUUCUACAGAGGCCUGCGGCCUUGGCAGCCUGAGGGGAGAUGAGCUUUCUAGACCUGAGGACAGGGGUGCCAGUGUCUCACCUCUGCAGAGCAGAGAGCUGUUGCAUCCCAAACCAGGCAGGCAGGAAACAUUGACACACAUGGUGGAGAGGGGAGCAUAGAUCCUUCCUAAACAUCCCCCCCUCUCCUAUAUGCAGUUAAGAAUGGAGAGCAGCAGAGAAAGAAGGGCCCUGGCUGGUAAAGAAGGCUGUAGACCCUAGUCAAGGCUAUUGUAUCCCCAUUGCUAAGAAGGGAUUUGCCUCCUGGCAGCCUUCAGCUGCAACACCUCUCUUGCUUGGUACUUACCUCUUUGUCCAAAUGCCAUUUCCCCUUUUCCCUACCAUCUUAGUGCAACUCAUAUUGAGCAGGAUGUCUGGCAAGGUGGCCACCUUAAAUUUUGGGCUGCUUGUGCUAUUGGCCAUGGAGCAGGGAUGCACUUUGCCUGCCCAGAUGCCUUUUUGCCCAACGUGCCACAGUAGGAAGCUGCUGGGUAUGUGAUCCUGGAGCCAGGGCUUGCCCAUUGCCAUGUGCCUGACAGGGGGAUGCCAGCCAGGUACCUAUUACUGCCCUUUUAUUGCAUUUCCGUUUUCUUAAUGGGGGAAUUAUCCACCAAUAGCAUAACUAAUCUAUUCAUACAUCUUUCUGGCCUGGCACAUGGGCUGCCCGCCAGCGCCAGUCUUGUUUGGGCAAGCUGGCUUGGCUGGAAUACAAAUCCACCUGGAUCAGUUGCUGUUGGGAGCAUUUGUUUCUUCUGGCUGGAGUUUAUCCCCUUAUACCUCCCACAUCAGUGAUGUCCAGUACAAAAGAGAAAAGGCCGAACUGGGUGGGGUGGGUGUGUACAUCACCCUCUCUCUUGUGCCAGCACCCUGCAUCACCACAUCUCUUACUUAUUACAGAAUGAUCCUGUCACCUCCAUUUAUUGCUGCACAAGGUGUUUCACCUCACUAUUAGCAUUGUGGAACUCUAGCUGGUAGAGCAAAUUUUAUGGGAGAUGGGACAGCAGGAAAUCUGGGAGUGAGGAGUGGGCGACUUUGUGCAUCAGAUGCUGUGUGUGUGUGUGUGUGUGUGUGCGCGCGCGCUCGUGCGCACAUGCACGUAUCAGCUUACACACACACACAAGUGCAUCUGUUUCACUUGUCCUGAAUUCAGAGAGCUGCCCUUCCCUGAUGGGAGACAUGUGUGGCCCGUCCUUUGGCAACCUCUCACCUAGGAAGCCAGUUGUAGUUGGAUGCAUGUGCCAGGGCUGAUUUCCCACGUGGAUCCCGUAAGUCUUGAUGGCUGCUCGGAGCCACUUAGAAGAGCAUGAUGGAGGCGAGAGAGUGAGCAGAGGGGGAAGCCAUUACCAGUGGCAGCACUUCAGCCUGUUAGGUUGCUGUGCCUGCGCAUUUGGGGCAACUGGACUGGAUCUUUAUCUGUGAUUGAAUGCACAAGAUGUGCCUCUUCUGAGGGGACUCACCAAAUGUUGCAGACUCCCAGCUACAUCAGGGGUCACCAGAAGGCAGCAAGAUGAGAGUUUAAACAGUGGAACACUUAUUUUUGGGUGGGGGGCAAUCUCUAUGAGGAUUUCCUUCCAGGAAAGGGGCAGAAAGUCAGCUUCUUUCUUCUAAUCUGCCUGGAUCUCCACAAGCACUCAGGCUCCUGUCCUUCUGACUUUUCCCUACUUUCAGUGGAGCCAGCAGCACAUGACCUUGGGUCACACCCACACCAUAUGUUUAAUGUACAUUGCUUCCUCCAGAGACUCCUGAAAGUUCCAGUCUACCUCUCAGAGUACUACAGUUCCCAGUACCCUGAUCAAACUACAAUUCCUAGGAGCCAUGCACACUAAUUGUAGGUGUGGAUUUGACCAUUGUGCUUGGCUCUGGUGGAUCGCAUGCCUUGCAAGGCAUGGUGUAGAUUAGGCAUCCCCAACCUUCGGCCCUCCAGAUGUUCUGGACUACAAUUCCCUGUUAGCUAGGGAUCAUGGAGGUUGUAGGCCAAAACAUUUGGCGGGCUGCAGGUUGGGAGAUGCCUGGUGUAGAUAGUACAGUAGGGGUCUGAUACACUUUUUGCCCUGGUGGCAAGUUCAGAAGUAGGUGGAAGGCCUUUCCCCUGAAGCCUUUCCCCUGGCCUCCUGCUGGGGUUCUGGUCUCUUUGGUGACUGAUGACUGUAUCUCAUGAGCACUGCCUCAUCAUCAGAUUUCCACUAUCUCCCUCUCUCCAUCUCAAUUGGAGGUAAUGCUUUUUCCUUUUCUUUUUCCUUUGCAGAAAGGUGGCCACUCGCGGCGUUUUGGGCGCUUCACGCAUGCGAAGUUUUCCGCUCCUGCAGAAAGCAAAGUUACGACUCGGAGACGGGAGAAGAUGAUGCCAGCAGCACACAGGUGACCCAACGCAGCCAGCUCCAGGAUGAGACCACCUAUAGCUCCCCGACAGGGGAGUCGGACACGCUGGUGGAUGCCUCCAUGAAGACCACUCCGACCUCGGUGCCAGGCCUGUCCCAGACAGAUGAGCACUCCACCUGGUCAGGGAGCCAGACCACGGUGUUGGAGAAGGACCCAGAGGCUGGCCCCACAGUGAGGGGACCCUACCUGCACCCCAGCAUUCCAAGGCAAGCACCUGCCGAGGCCCGGCACCUGGGGGUGGAGCCGCUGGUGCGGGCAUCACGGGCGGAGCUGAUUGGCGUGGCCCCGGGGUCCGAGGACAGCCUGUCUCUGGGGAGCGACCCCUACGGCAGUGCCUUCAGCCUGUACCGGGGCCGUGCCCUCUCCUUGCACGUCAACCUCCCCCAUGGUGGGUACCGGAGGGAUGAUGCCAACAGCGGCAGCAAAACCAGCACAGAUACCCUCCACCCACCAGCACAGAAGCCUCCUCUCCAACGCCCAGUGUCCCCCCGAGCAGGCCAGUGCCCCGUCCAACCGCCUGGGGCUGGCCGUGGCCCCACGCCACCUGUGGCUCCCCGCAGGAAGCUGCUGAUGCCCCCCGAGUUCCAAGACACGGCAUCCGAGGAACUGGAUGAGAAGCUGAAGCGCCCCAAGUCAUCUGCCUACUCUCAGGCUUGCACAGGAGAGUCCCGGCCCCAGACGCCGCUGAGCGAGGCCUCCAGCCGCGUCUCCGUCCUCCGCCCAUCACCCAAGCUGCCGCGGACGGGCUCCAAGAUCUUUGACAAGCUGAAGUUCUUUGAGGAGCGGCGCAAAAGCCUGGAGCAGAACGAGAACCCUUUCACGGGGCACACGUGGCUGCCGCUGCGCAAGACGCGCUCUUUUGACCAGCCCGGCUUUGACGAUGCCAGCCCCUUCCUCUCGGCCGUCUCCCAUGAGGACCUGCAAGAGGACACCCGCUCCGAGCUGGGCGGUGUGGCGUUUCGGCGCCGCGCCUUCCACCAGAAGGCGGCCUCCUUGGAUGAGCGCGGCCGCUUCUCCAGCCGCGUGCACGACAUGGAGCACAAGUUCACGGAGGAGCUGGGCCGCAUCAAGCGCACCGUGUCUCAGCAGCAGCUGCGGCGGUCGCAAGAGCUCUUCAGGUCACCGUCGCCACGUUCCUCCGCCGAGCCGCCUGCUCCCAGGGUCCCGCCACCACGGAAACUCAAGCCCCUCAAGGCUUUGCCCCUGGCAGAGAAUGCCCACGGCGUGCAGCAGCUGGUGCUGUCCAGCGUGGUCCUGGUGGGGCCGAGAGACGAGACCAAGGGGACGCAUAAGCCUCUGGCGAGGAGCGCGGCCACAGUUGAGCAGGCGGCAGAGCCCAGCAGGGGUCAGAAGGAAAGCGAGCUGAAUGGGCAGGAUCUGCGGAGGAAGGUGGAGCAGUGCCCGCUGACUCUGGCGGCCCCCUUGGGAAGGAGAGACCUCCUGCAGGCUGGGCAUCCGGAGAACAAUGACUGCAUGGAUGGAGGGUCUGUGAACGCGGUGAAAGGGAGCCAUGAGCCCAAGGGUCCAAGUGCAGCCUCACAUGCCCGGAAACGGGAAUCUGGCCAGAACGGACAUUCCCUGCCCUGGGCCAAGACGGAGCCAGGAGCAGAUAGAAGCAGGGCAGGGACCCACGGUGCAAACAGAGAGUUGGAAAGAAAGACUGGGAAAGUGGCAGAGAAAAAGGACAACGCGUUGCAGCCUCAGGAAGGGAAGAGCACUCGGAGCAGAGGCAAAGGGCGCCAGACGCGGCGAACGUCGCCUGAAUCAGAAUCUUCUGAUGAUUCCUACAUCUCUGCGGGUGAGGACCCACUGGAAGCCCCCAUCUUUGAGAUCCCUAUCCAGGAUGUAACAGUCAUAGCUGGAACAGAAGUGCUGUUCAAAUGCAUCAUCACAGGCAACCCUUCCCCAGAAGUGUCAUGGCGAAAGGAUGGCGUCCCCUUUCGGAGCAGCACCACUCGCCCUAUCAAAGCAGAGGGAGAACGCCACACCCUGCUGGUCAGGAGUGCCCGUGAGGCUGAUGCCGGCCUCUACACAGUUUGUGCCACCAAUGAAGUGGGCGAGGCCUGCUGCAGUGCCAUCUUGACUGUGCGGCCAGCUCCCGCAGAGUCCUACAGCCGAUUGGUACCCCAUCACGAGCUCAGCAGCCCUGUCACAUCAGAUGAAGAGUACCUGAGCCCCUUGGAAGAGUUCCCUGAGUCUGGCACCCCUCGGCACCACCCUGUCAUGAAAGUGCAACCCCGAUCUGAGAUUGGCCCACCCCCGGUGCAUGUGGGCAUCAACUUCAAGGCUGCCCCAUCCUUUGAGGUGACACUGAGUGACCAGGAAGUACUGGAGGGGCAGGAUGUGGUCCUGUGCAUUCGGGUCCAGGGAGAGCCAAAGCCCAUUGUGCACUGGUUGAAGAACAGGCAUCCAAUAAAGUAUGGGCGGCGCAUUUCUGCUGUGGAGGAGGACGAUGGAUCUUUCUGCCUACAUAUCCGCAUGGUGGAGUGCACUGAUGCUGGCUAUUAUGCCUGCAAGGCCAUCAAUGAGUAUGGCACCAAGCAGUGUGAGGCCAAGCUUGAUGUACAAGUGCACCCUGAGACCCAGUCCUUGGCAGUGCUGGCCCCCCUGCAGGACGUGGUGGUGGGGGCUGGGGAUGCAGCUCUCUUCGAGUGCCUGGUGUCUGGCCCACCUGAUGUGGAUGUGGACUGGCUAUGGCGGGGGCGCCUGCUCCAGCCUGCUCUGCUCCAGUGCAAGAUGCAUUUCGAUGGGCGCAAGUGCAAGCUACUGCUUACCUCUGUGCACGAGGAUGAUAGUGGUAUCUACACGUGCAAGCUUAGCACAGCUAAAGAUGAGCUGACAUGCAGCGCCAAGCUGACGGUCUUGCCCUCGCAGCAGCCACUCUUCACCCGCAAGCUGGAGGCCGUGGCUGUGGUGGAGGGGCGGAUGGCACGGUUCGACUGCAAGAUCAGCGGCAAACCCACACCAGUUGUCACCUGGACACGCUUCGGCCAGCCUGUGCAAGAGGGGGAAACCAUGCGCUUGCAGCGGGACGGCGGGCUGUACUCGCUGCUCCUCCUGCAUGUGAGCUCCGAGGACGAGGGCCAGUACGGAGUGAGCGCCAGCAACAAACAUGGCCGAGCUGAGUGCACCGCUGAGCUGUACGUGGAGGAGCCGAGACCAGCAACCAGCUCUCAGAUCUCCAAGCUGGAGAAGAUGCCCUCUAUCCCCGAGGAGCCGGAACAAGGGGAGAACGAAGUGGAGCGCUUCACCAUGCCUGACUUUCUGCGGCCACUGCAUGACCUGGACGUGGUGGAAUCCAAGGAGGCUGUGCUCGAGUGCCAAGUGGCUGGGCUGCCCUACCCAGCCAUCACCUGGUUCCACAAGGGUCGGCGCAUCGAGAGCACUGAUGAUCGCAGGAUGAUGCAGUACAAGGAUGUGCAUCGCUUGGUCUUCAUCUCUGUCAGUCACGCCCAUGCUGGGGUCUAUAAAAGUGUCAUUGCCAACAAACUGGGCAAGGCCACCUGCUACGCUCACCUCUAUGUCACAGAUGUGGUGCCCACACCCCCUGAUGGCCCGCCAGCCAUAGCUGCUGUCACUGGCCGAGCUGUCACACUGAAAUGGAACAAGCCCAAGUGGCUGGAUUCAGCUAUUGACCCUGCAGCUGUGACUUACACCAUCCAGCAGCAGGUCCUGGGUAGCAGCCACUGGACUGUGAUUGCCACGGGGGUGCGUGACACCAGCUACACCGUCCUGGCUCUGAAGAAGGGCAUCCGGUACCUGUUCCGUGUACUCACAGCUACAGCCAAGGCUAAUAGCAAGCCCUCUCCACCCACUGAGGCUGUGCAGCUCCUUGAUCGUGGGCCUUACCUAGCGGAGGCCCCCAUGAUCCUGGACAAGCCGGAUAUGGUGUAUGCGGUGGAGGGGCAGCCGGCCUGCAUCACCGUAACCAUCAACCACGUAGAGGUUGCUGUCACCUGGAGAAGGUCCGGCGUGGUGCUGAAGGACAGCGAUGCCAGCUGGGAGAUGAGCAUGCCCGAUGAUGACCAGCACGCCUUGCGAUUCUUCCGGGUGGGCAGGGGGGAUGUGGGUGUAAUGACCUGCGAGGUGAGCAACCAGCAUGGAUAUGACCACUGCUUCAUCAACAUGGAGUUGGCAGAGGCACCCCGCUUUGAAUCGAUCAUGGAAGACAUUGACAUUGGGGUGGGCGAGACGCCACAGUUUUCUGUGGUGGUGGAAGGCAAACCCCUCCCAGACAUCAUGUGGUACAAGGAUGAGGUGCUCCUGACGGAAAGCAACCACCUGAGCUUUGUGUACGAGGAGAGCGAAUGCUCGCUAGUUGUGCUGAACACCACAGAGCAGGACAGUGGGGUCUACACGUGCAUUGCCCGCAACCUGGCUGGAGAAGUGUCUUGCAAGGCCGAGCUGGUCGUCCAUGCAGCUGCGCCAGAUGCUGACGCCGCACGGGCAGAAGAAGCCGCACACACCGCUCGUCGCCUGGCCGAAUAUUACGAUGUCCAUGAGGAGAUUGGCAGGGGAGCCUUUUCAUACGUGCGGAGAGUGACCCAGAAGAGUUCCGGUUUGGCCUUUGCCGCCAAGUUCAUCCCAUGCCGCGCCAAAGCUAAGAAAUCAGCACGCCGUGAGCUUGGCAUCAUAGCUCAGCUGGACCACGAACGCAUUGUCUACUUCCAUGAUGCCUUUGAGAAGAGGAAUGCCAUCAUCAUUGUCAUGGAGUUCUGCACAGGAGAAGAACUGCUAGAGCGGAUUGCAAGGAAGACCUCUGUGAGCGAAUCUGAAAUACGUUGCUACAUGCGGCAGGUCUUGGAGGGUGUCGGCUACCUCCACCAUCAUGGCAUCUUGCACCUUGACAUUAAGCCUGAAAACUUGCUGCUGGCUGAACCCGGCAGCGAUCAGGUGCGAAUCUGUGACUUCGGCAAUGCCCAAGAGCUGAUUCCAGAUGAGCUGCAGUACUGCAAGUAUGGCACCCCCGAAUUUGUGGGCCCCGAGAUUGUCAGCCAGAGUCCAGUCUCCGGUGUCACCGAUGUUUGGCCAGUGGGAGUAAUCACAUAUCUAUGUCUCACAGGGAUCUCCCCGUUCGUGGGUGAGAACGACAAGACAACGCUCAUGAACAUCCGCAACUACAACGUGGCUUUUGAGGAGAGUAUGUUCACAGGACUGACGAGAGAGGCUAAAGGCUUUGUUAUCAAAGUGCUGGUUAAUGAUCGCCUGAGACCCAAUGCAGAUCAGACCCUGGAACAUCCCUGGUUCAAGACAUUAGCCAAGGGCAAGAGCAUCAGUACAGAUCAUCUCAAGCUCUUCAUAUCUCGCCGGAAAUGGCAGCGCUCCCAGAUCAGCUACAAGUGUAACAUGGUGCCACGGCCUAUUCCCGAGCUCCUAGAGGACACAUCCAGCCACUUGUCCAUUGCUGUGCCUCGCCUCCUCAAGGAGACCUCGGUGUUGUCCUCCUCUUCGGAUUCUGAUGACCCAGAGGAGUUGCCCUACAUUCCCAUGCCCCAUCAGCCCGAAUUUUCUGGCUCCCGCAUGUCCCUCACCGAGCUCCCAACAGAUGAUGAGCCUCUCAGCCCUGAAGGGGCUCCGGCAGAUGAGGAGGGCACAUUGAUGGAGUGGCAGGAUGAUGAGGGGCAGGGAGCUGUGGUGGAUCCCAAGAGAAAGGAAGAAGCAGAGCUCUCUUUCAGGAGGCAGAAGGGCACAUUGCCACGGAAGCGCUCCACAGAGGCUGAGGAGCCUGGCUCUUCUGACGACGAGGCUUGUGAGGCCCAGAAAAGGCCAGAGUACCCCAGGAAGGCCUUGAAGAAAGGCUCCAGCCUGGAUUCCCCAGAAGCAUCUGACAAAGCUUCGCGUAAGGGUGAGCUGCGCCGUGGCAGCUCUGCCGAUAGCGCCCUGUUGCUUAGUCUCCCUUCGGAUGAAGCAGAGCCCCACUCCCGCAAACGCCUGACCAAAGCAGCCUCCAUGGAGCUGCCCCGCCGGAGCCCCAGCCCUGGCACAUUGUACCGCAGGAAGGGCGGGCUGCCAGAGGAAGAAUACACCCAGCGCCUGGAGGUCAUGCGGCAGCGCCUGCUGCACGGAAGUCCCGUGGACGGUAAAUUGAGCGGCUUGCGAGGGCCGCUGCUGGAGACCCUCGGCCUUGAGAAAAAGGGCUUGAGGCCUCCCAGGCUGGAGAAGCAGCUGUCCCCCGGGCACAAGAUGGUGCGCGCAGCCUCCAGCGAGACGGCUCCGCAGCACAUGCCCCCCGAGGGGCGCCUCCUUCAAAAGAGCAGCUCCUUCAGCCAUGGCGAUGGGGAGCCUGUCACUCUGCACCGCCGCUCCGGAGCACCACUGGAAAUCCCCUUAGCCCAAGCCGAAAUCCAGAGGCUGAAAGAGACGCCGUCCCUCUCCGCUCUGAAUGAAUCCAGGCCCCACACGCCACAUGAGGUUCCCUCCAAGCCGCCUACCCCUGAGGCGGAGGCAGGAACAAAGCCCAUCGGCAGGGCUAGCUUGAGGAGACCAACCGCCAGGGGACCUGAGGAAAAGCCGUUGGCGAGAUUGUCCAAACCUGACGCUCCAGAAGCUGUGAAAGCCAUAGGCUCUCCAAGGGAGUCAACAACACGCACACCCAUCUCACCCACCCCAGGCAGCUCGGCCCCCAAGCGUUCGGCCUACGCUGAUGUUAUGCAGACCCUGGCUGGCGAGUCAUCCCAGGUCCCUCACAGGGAGGCCGCAGAACCUUCUGCAGCUGCCUCAGAAGGUAUACCUCAAACCUUUCCAGCCACAACACAGUCCCACCACACUGCUGCCUUUGCCAAGAAGGCCGCACAGACCCCCGCCAAGGAACCUUCCCCCCAAGUUCGCUCCUCCAGUGCUGAGCACAUCCUGGACAUUGACUCUGAAGAGGUCUUUGAGGCCAAAUUCAAGAGAGGCAGGGAAGGCUCCCUCAGCAGGGGCCGCAAGCUGCUCUCCAGGUCUGAGGAGCGGCAGCUGGCUGGGCCGCGGGAAGAGGGCAUCUACCGGCCAAGCCCUGUGGGUGCUCCACUGGAGUUGUCCAAGUCUGGGGUCUCUCGACACCUGGGCGAGCGCUCUCGUUCCGUGCAGGACCUGCAUGAAGUGGAGAAGGAGGGCGGCUUCAUCCGCAGGAUGUCAAUGCGACUCCGACGCACGCCUCCCGUCGAGAGGAGGAAGGCCAAGGAGGAGGAAGGAGGGGGAGCGAGGCUGUCUGGGGGCCUGUCUUCCAAGGACAAAAAGGACUCAGACAGCCAGAAGUCGGAGCCUGGCUCCAGCGAGUCGCCCGUCAUGGCUGUGCGCAGGAAGAUCGGGACCACCAUGGGGCGCCUCUCCACGCAUCUGCGCAGCCACUCGCUACGUGGCGAGGAAGACCAGGCAGCUGCUGCUGGCGGCGACCGCGUCAGGCAGCCCGAGAAGAGAGCUCCUUUCCUCUCUCAUCUGCGCCGUGCAACUUCUGAGGGGGAAAACCUGCGCCAAGUGGGUAUCCCACAGAACCAGCUGGCAGCCCAGUCUGCAAGUGUCCCUUCCACGGAGUCCUUCCAAUCUGACACAUCCACAGGCAGCGGUCCUGGUGAAAGCCAGCGGCGCGGUUCUCGCUGGGAACGCUGGAGCUUGUCCAGAUCCAAGAAAGACAAGGUUGCUUCGCAGCCCAACAUUCCUGCCAGCCUGAGAGGGGACGGUGUUGUCAUUAUGAGUCAACCCUAUGUGCUCAGCGAGUCAGACUUCCCUCCAGUUUUCCACAUAAAAUUGAAGGACCAGGUAUUGCUGGAGGGAGAGGCAGUGCAACUCUGCUGCCUUCCUGCAGCCAGCCCUGCCCCUCGCAUACUGUGGAUGAAAGAUAAGCACGCCCUGGUAUCAGAGGGUGUUCUCAACAUUGUGGCAUGUAAAGAUGGCCGCCAGCUGCUCACCAUCUCCAAAGUCUCCAAGAAGGAUGCAGGCUUGUAUGAAUGCAACGCUACCAAUGUAUUGGGUACUGCCACCAGUUCCUGCACCCUGGCUGUAGCAAAGAUUCCUGGGAGACCAGGCACCCCAGAAAUCCCCCAGAAGUACAGGAACACAGUCCUGGUGCUAUGGAGGCCAGCAGAUACUCAGGCACCCUGCACGUACACGCUGGAGCGGAAGAUGGAUGGAGAGCAUGAGUGGAAGUUGGUCAGCUCAGGCAUCGCUGACUGCUACUUCAACGUGACAGAUCUCCCCAUUGCGAGCAUGGUCAAGUUUCGUGUUGCCUGUGCUAACAAGGCCGGACAAGGUCCCUACAGCAACCCCUCGGGGAAGGUCUUCAUUGAGGGUGCAGAACCCAAGGCUGCCUUCUCAGCUCUCACUGCCAAAAAGAGUACAACUGCCCUGGAGAAAGCCGCUUUCACCAGAUCUACCCAGACCCUCACUGACCAGUCUCCCCAACCUGUGCGCAGAAAUACAGGUCCCCUGCCGUCCUCCCCUCCCAGGAAGCACAAGGGGGCAGUGCCGGCACAAGGGGGUAAGGCUUCUGCUGCCCCAAAAGUGACUCAACCUGAGGAAAGGCCUCUGGCCACGGUGAAGGCCAAGCUCCCAAUUGCAGCCCUGGUUCCAUCCUCCAAGGAGGCCUCGUCUUCUGAACCUCCAGCUGUUGUGCCAUCCACCUCUCCAGAGCCAGACUCGAAGCCUUCCAGAACAGCAUCUUCUCUCAGCACCCACAGUGCCUCAGUGCCCACCAGGGUCUCGCCUGCUGCGGCAUCCUCCCCUGGCUCUUCCGUCUCCAAGUUUUUGCCCAUCUCUCCUGCCUUACCAACCCCCGUGGCAGACUCUCCAGCGACCGUCCCCCCAAAAGCUGUUCCCUACAUGGCCACCUCUUUCAUCUCCAUCCCACCAAGGGCGCCCAGCACGACGGAAGGUGCACACAGCCAGCCAGUUACCCCCAGCCCAGAAGAGGUGCCUUCCCACACUCGCUUCCUGAGCCGCAGCACUACCCCUGGCCGGGACGCUGGGAGUGGGGCUCAGGGCAGGCUCACUUCAACUUCCAAGGACGAAUCGUCAUUGCGCCAAGGGGUCCCUCAAAAACCUUACACCUUCUUGGAUGAGAAAGCAAGGGGCCGGUUUGGAGUGAUCCGGGAAUGUAAGGAGAAUGCCACGGGCAAGCGAUUCAUGGCCAAGAUUGUGCCCUAUGAAACGGAAGGCAAGCAGAGCAUCCUGCAGGAAUACGAGAUCCUAAAGGGCCUACACCACGAUCGCAUCAUGACUCUGCACGAGGCCUACAUCACCCCCCGCUAUCUGGUGCUGAUAGCUGAACACUGCCCUGGGAAGGAGAUCCUCUACCACUUUGUUGACAGGUUCCGUUACUCAGAGGAUGAUGUGGUGGGGUACGUAACACAGAUCCUCCAAGGACUAGAAUAUCUGCAUGGGCGGCGCAUCAUUCAUCUCGACCUGAAGCCUGAUAACAUCAUUGUCAGCCCCACAAACACAUUGAAAAUUAUUGACUUUGGCAGUGCCCAGACCUACAACCCACUGGUGUUGCGCCAGCUGGGGCGUCGUGUUGGCACACUGGAGUACAUGGCUCCAGAAAUGGUGAAGGGGGAUCCCAUUGGUUCAGCAGCUGACAUCUGGGGUUUGGGAGUCCUCAUAUACAUCAUGCUCAGUGGACGCUCCCCAUUCUUUGAGAUGGAUCCCUUGGAAGUAGAGAGCAGGAUCCUGGCAGGGCGUUAUGAUGCCUUCAAGUUGUACCCCAACGUCUCCCAGAGUGCUGCACUCUUCAUCCGCAAGGUUCUCUCUGCCCAUCCAUGGAGCCGCCCAGCUCUCAAGGACUGCUUUGCCAACCCUUGGCUCCAGGAUGCCUACCUGAUGAAGCUGCGUCGGCAGACCCUCACCUUCACCACCAGCCGCCUGAAAGAGUUUUUGGUGGAGCACCAGCGGCAGCGCAACGAGGUGGCCACCAAGCACAAGGUCUUACUGCGCUCCUACCAUGGCGCCAGCAGCCAAAUGCCCUAGCCGCCUGCCCUGCCGGAGGAGCCACAGAACAUUCCAGCAGGGGGCGUGAUGGGCCAAGCACCCAGCCAGCCAGCCAGGGUGGGACUUGUUGAUAUACCUCAUGGAUCAAGAAGAGUCGUCAGCACUGGCCGCUGUUCUUCGCUCUACCUACCAGUCCUGGAGGUAGCCUGGCCUAGAGAGAGGGAGCCUGGGGGCCGAAAAUGGCAGGUUGACAAGAUUCGCUGCCAUGGGGUUGAGUUCAGGGAGGUAUGAAGCAGCAGUGGGCCAUGAAGCCAUGCUGUUCCCAGGCCAAGGUCAUGGGGGGAGGAGAAAGCCUUGACAUUUCCUUGUCUAAAUAAACUCCUCCUCCCCAUGGGGAUGCAAAGGGCCCUUCCUGUAUUGUGCCUCAAGGGCUGCGUCUGUACCCUGUGUACGUCAGGGGCAACCAAGCGCUCCCAUUGACUAACAGCAGAUGCAAAACAUGCCAGCUGCAGCCACUGAGCAAUGGGGCAACGCUUCCUUACAUGCCAAGCUGGGCUGGGAAGAAGACAAUGAAGGAUCAACCCCGAAGUAUUGCAGAGAAGGCAUUUCAGAAAUGGAAAACUCCAAUUCCCCACCUGUAUAGCCAACAUAUGCAGCAUAGGGAGUAUAAUGGAUGUUUCUGGUCCCCAAAGCAGGGGCUGGGAGGGGAGGUGCACAUUAAAUCCACAGCACCCCUACACUUAAGACAGCAGCUAAUAACAAAGACUGACGAAGUCAAGGGCUGAUGGUACUUUCCCUGGGGUUCCUUUCCACUCACCUCUGCUUGGGUAUCCACAAGAAGCCAAUCAUGUGAGGCACCCACCAGUUUUCCCCUGUUUACAUACCCACCAUCCCACAAUGCCUCUUCUUUGCUGCUGCCUUCCUUGUGUUUUUCUGACACGGAUACACGCAGCCCAGUCCUAUCUUAAGCUUCAGAACUAGUGCAGAAGAUAGAUGCCUUCUCUCCCUGCAUGCCUUUCUGUAUCAAGGGCAUGCCUCAGAUACACCAGCCCCCUCAUACUAUUUGCCUACAUGAACCCUCCUCUCUUUCAGUGCUCUUUUGCCACAGCCCCUUCUGGCACCUGCAGAACACUCACGAUGGCACACAGGCAGGCAGAGGUCCUCCUAACAUAGGCACCACCUUCUCCUUUUGCAGUCAGGCACACAUGUGACCUCACAUGGCCUCUGGUGGUGGGUGGAUUGAAGAGGACAACAGGGUGGGUUCCAAGUCUUGGGGUGGGGGUAGCGGCCAUUUGUUUCUCUGCUCUUGACCUGUGUCGUGUCCAUAGCAAACCAGACCUGACAAUACCCCACUGAGAAGGGUGGAGGCCAUUUUGAAACUACAACUUUUCACAGCUGCGCCUAAGGGCAACCCAGGAGGGACAAACAUGGAUUUCGUAUGGGUGGGGAAUGAAGAGAAUGUACCAUUGGCGCAGAGUUGAAAGCAGACCUACCAAAUGAAGCAGACCUACCAAAUGAAGCAGACCUACCUACCCACCCCCACCUUGGCUGUGUGGAUCCAUGACCAUGGUUCCCCAUCUCAAUCUUUUCCCCCCCAUGCCCCAAUGUCUUUUGAUUGUGAAGAUGCUCGUUUCCCUGUGGCAUGGAGCAAGCAAAGCAAACCAGGACUGCUUCCAGAUGGGUGGCUUCCUAGCGCUAAUAAAUCAUUGCUCUUCCACUGUAAGCUACAAGAGGAAUUGCAGUUGAACUUUGCACACUAUCAGGGAUAUUGCACUUUUCUGUAUGUUCAUCCUGCUAUGUUCCAUGCACACCAGUGGGCGCGACAGAGCUGCUGGGUGGUGGUUGGGGGGGGGGAGGAAAGAUCUAAUUCACCUAAGUGGCCAUUCGAAGAAGAAACCUGAGUGAUCCUUAAAAAAUAAAAUAAAAAUCAAGUUAUUUAUUUAGCGCUAAGCACUUCUUCAUUAAAGCGUGGUCGCCCAUGAUUGCUAUGAAA